AUAUAUUAUGAAGAUAACUUUUAGUCAUUCUGUGAAAACUAAAAAAAUUAUAUUUAAAAGAUGAGAUACAAAAGAAUUUAAAAAUGCCAGUACAGUCUCCUCAAUGGACAGAAUUUCUUUCUUGUCCUAUUUGUUAUAAUGAAUUUGAAGUAAAUUUACGACGGCCAAUUAGUCUGGGAUGUGGUCAUACUAUGUGCAAGAAUUGUCUAUCAAAACUUCAAAGAAAGCAAUGUCCAUUUGAUCAAACAAAUAUUAGUACAGAUAUUAAUCAACUUCCUGAGAAUCAUGCUCUUCUUCAACUUGUAGGAGGAAGUGUGCCAGAAAAAGUACCAAAUGUUAUUCCUUUUGUUCCAAAAGAUGAUGUUAAGCAUUAUCUUUCUGCAAAAAAAUGUAUUGAAGAUUUAGCCCUUUAUCUUAAAGUGACAACUCAAGGUUCAGCUAAUGGAGGUAAUCAGAGCAAUUCUCUUAGUCGUCCAAUGCAAAGAAAGUUGGUUACUCUUAUUAAUUGCCAACUUGUGGAAGAAGAAGGUAGAACACGUGCUAUGCGUGCUGCUCGUUCUCUUGGCGAAAGAUCUGUUACUGAACUUAUUUUACAACAUCAGAAUCCUCAACAAUUAUCUGCUAAUCUAUGGGCUGCUGUUAGAGCAAGAGGAUGUCAAUUUCUUGGACCAGCUAUGCAAGAAGAAGUAUUAAAACUUGUACUUCUUGCUCUUGAAGAUGGUUCAGCUCUAUCAAGAAAAGUUUUGGUUAUGUUUGUUGUUCAACGGUUAGCGCCACAUUUUCCACAAGCAUCCAAGACUAGUAUUGGACAUGUUGUUCAAUUAUUAUAUAGAGCAUCCUGUUUUAAGGUUUCAAAACGAGAAGGAGAUUCUUCUCUAAUGCAAUUAAAAGAAGAAUUUCGUACAUAUGAAGCAUUAAGACGAGAACAUGAUGCACAAAUUGUGCAGAUAGCAACUGAAGCUGGUCUAAGAAUUGCUCCGGAACAAUGGUCAUCUUUAUUGUAUGGUGAUACUGCACACAAAUCACAUAUGCAGUCAAUUAUUGAUAAGCUACAAACACCACAGUCAUUUUCUCAAAGUGUUCAAGAAUUAGUUAUAGCUUUGCAACGAACAGGUGAUCCUGGGAAUCUCUCUGUUUUACGUUCUCAUUUAGAACUUCUUGCUGGAAUUGAUCCUAGUCCAGAUGCUGUUGUACCUUCUUGGGAAGAUUUAAAAAGUGCACUUGAAGCUGCAAGAAUUGUUGUUAAAGGUUUGGUAGAAUUUAUUCAGAACUUUGGUAGCCGAAAGUUACAAGAAGAUAGACAAAAUCUUAAUGCAAAAUAUAAAACAAGUAUGUGUAGAGAUCUUACUCAACGUGGAAGUUGUCCUCGUGGAGCUAAUUGCACUUUUGCACAUUCUCAGGAAGAAAUGGAAAAAUAUAGAGCAAAAAAUAAACGAAAUUUAAAUCAUAGAGGUUCUACUCCUAUUAGAACUUCUAGUUCUUCUGUUCAGGGGAAAGAAUCUGGAAUUAUUUCAUCACCUAAUGGGCUAAGAUCACCAUCUACAAAUAUUUCUGUGAAUUUGGUUUCAACAGAUUCUAUUUAUGGUGUAGAUGAUUCAAAUAGUAUCUUAGCAUUUGAAGGACGUUUCCUGAAAGAUAAUAUUCAAAAUACAUCACAUGCUCUUAAUCCUGAAACACCAGCAUUUCAACCUAUUGGGCCUGCUCAACUAAUUCCUCCUUCAGGUACUUAUCAUGUUGCUGCAGAUACUUUUGGUGGUACUAUUUUAAACUCAGAUUCUUAUCCUCCCCUUACUGCUAAUACUCAAAUAUUGGGAAUAAUUCCUGCUGCUAUUGCAGCUCUUCCUACAACAAAACUUAGCCUCAAUGUAGGCCAUAUUUCCAAGCCAUGUACAAUUCAAGAUACAGUAUCACUAUCAAUCUCUACUGUAGGCCUUGUAUCAAGUAUAGAAGAGAAUCCUUCAUCAGCAGUGAAAAUAUGUGGACCACAACUAAAUUCUAUACAGAAUUUAUCAUCAAAAAGUUUAAUAGCACUUCAACAAAGAAAACGCGAACUUCUGGCUCAGUUAGAAAAAGUACAGUUUAUUAGGCAAGAAGUUACAUCACAAGGAAAUAUAAUUAAUUGUUCAUCAAAAAAUAUGGUAAAUUAAACAUUUGUAAUGCUU